GCAUGAAGAAAAUACCCAACCUUUGGCUUUUAUCUAUGCAUACAUGUAUUCUCCGAAUUGCUAGCUAGCUAGACCUAUAGAGCUAAUAAGAAUGCAGGAUGAUAUGAAUGGGAACGAGGAAGAGAAGAUAAUUUUGAUAUUGGGAGCUUGUUGUCUGGAUCGUCUAUUGACGGUAGAUUCCUACCCGUUACCCGAUUCCAAAAUCAAGACACGAGCGUAUCAUGAAGUGGGUGGAGGCAACGGUGGAAAUGUGGCCACGGCCAUGGCACUCCUCAAAGAUGCGCCCUUUGCUACUAGUAGUAGUAAUGUCAAGAUCAAACUCUUGGCACAAGUGGGAGACGACGCAGUUGCCACUCGGCUGGUUGAAGACUUGACAUGUGCCGGAGUGGAUCUCUCCCUCUUGCGACAAGAAGCUCACUCCACCACCAGUUUUACCACCACCAUCGUAUCGUCGUCGUCGCCUACUCGCACGUGUCUCUUUACGCCGGGAACCUGUGGCAACGUUCCAAUGGACGACAUUGACAGUGACAAUAUUUGGGAGGGCAAUGUGGUUCAUUUUCAUACCGAUGGACGCAACCCCGAUUUGGCACUGGCGUUGGCACAAGAAGCUACGCGACGACACAUUCCCGUAUCGGUCGACCCCGAAAAGGAUCGCCAACUGCCAGCGCAAGACAAAAUGAUGGAGCUGGCAUCCAUUCUCUUUUUGAAUGCCACACAAAUGAACGACUUUUUUCAACGCAAACACCAGGAAUUCUCCACAACAAUCACACAACGACAACAAACACUGGACGGUCUCAAGCCAGAAACAGCCAAUCUGGACCCAGCGAUCAUUACCAGUGCCAUUCAGCCGUCCUUGUCCUAUCUGUGUUGGCAUGGAACACAACAACUGCACAAGCAAGUCGUCAUCACCAAGGGAGACCUUGGUGCCAUCCGCGUGACGGCCCAAGAACUGGUCGAAACACAAACUGCACAGAAAAUGGAGCUCAUGGCGGACAAUGUCGCUACUCCCAAUUCAAUAUCCAUGCAAGUUCCAUGUUCUAUUGUUGGUGGCACAACACACGGUUUGGCCCGAUUGACCGUCGAAUCCGUCGGCGUCCUCCAGAACGCGGACAUUGUCGACACGACCGGGGCCGGGGAUGCCUUUAUCGGCGGAUAUUUACUGUCCCGAAUACUACUUGGUCCCGAUGAUCCACCACAAUUCGCACUCCAUCUUGGAGCCUGGGUGGCGGGGAAGAAAUUGGGUGGACCCGGAGCCCAGAGUGCCUUGCCAACGGCGCGGGACGUAUCCAACGAGCUGGGGAACACCGUCGAGGAGAUGCAAUCCGCACUCCACAACUUGAUUGGUCACUUUGGUGGUGAUGCGGGUGAAGAAUGACGAAAGAAGCAACGCCAUACGUGACAUUCUUAAAAGAUGAUGGGGGUGGGGGGGAUCGAUCGGUGUUGGCACCUAUACUGUCAAAAAGUGCAGCUCUCUUGGGGGUGCUUGGGCCACUUGUCAGUUCCGACAACCACGUAUUGUGAGGCCAACCAGAUCGACGUGCUGCCAAAGAGGGCCAACCUUCGCCGAUCCGACCGUCCAAGCCUCUUCUUAUCGGGAAACCGUCCAAGUCGGGACACCGUCCUACUAUCCUCCUCAUCGCCCGUGGGUUCGCUUUGUUACAUGCAUGCUGAUACAGCACGAAGCAAGGAUCAUUGCUUCAGCGCAUCCUGUACGCGUGGUAUGGAUUCUGUAUUUUAAAAUUAAAUACGAAACCCCAAAGGACAAAAAACCUCCAGCAGUUCCUCUCGAGUAUCAUUGUAGGGUAGCAUGAACGAUAGCAGCAACACCCAUGUUGAUCAAAAAAGAAAAAGAGUAAACUCGCAACGGCAAUCUUACUAUUCCAAGACGUUUAUCUAAUCUGGGCAUCCAUUCUCUUGAGCCCACUUUAGGAUUUCCACAUGGCCCCG